AUGGAGGUGUGGUCCCCAGCUAAUGUGAAGCUACAAGUUGCAUUAGAAAGAGUUCAAAGGCGCGCUACACGUUGGAUCCUCAAAAGUAAAGUUGGAGAAAUGUCUUAUGAAGAUAGACUGAAAACUCUCAAUUUAUUGCCACUAACUUACGAUCGAGAAAUCAGAGAUCUUGUUCUUGUCUAUAAAUGUAUUUUCGGCCACACUGAUUUGAACAUUGAACAUUUUGUGUCAUUUAUACAUCAUAAUCGAACUCGUACUCAGAAUCCAUCUCUAAUGUUAAAAUCUCCUUACUGUAGAACAUCCACUUUCCAAGGAUCGUUCUUUAAACGAAUAGUUAAAACUUGGAAUAAUGUUGGAAAAAUAGCCUCUCCUGAAAAGUUCGCCAGUUUAACAAUUUUUAAAAGCUUUCUGCAUGUGACAUACACCGCAUUGGUCAACAGUACUUUUAAUGUUGAUAUGGCAUGCACUUGGUCGCUCACAAGAGACUGCCCCUGCCACCGUUCUUAAUAUGCAUGUUAUGUAAUAUAUAUUUGUAUAUAGUGAAUUAGGUUGGGGUUUUUUUUUUCCUUCUUUUUUUUGGAGGGGGUGCGCCUAGCAUGGGUCUCGUUGUCCCGUUUGCGCUAUCCCCUUUGGACUUAAACUUGUAAAUGUUUCUACUAUAUUUGUCCAAUAAAGCUGAUAAAUAAAUAAAUAAAUAAUAUACAUAAAGUGGCUAGGAUACAUUUAGAUAAAAAAAAAUGGGCCAGAUAGUCCGAUUAAUCCGAUCACCCUUUAAUGGACAAUUAAAAAUUGUUUGGCAUUGGACAGAGUAAAAUAAUAAAGUAUGGCGCAUUGCCACUUAAAGAGGUAAUUGAAUGUAUUAUUAUUUCUUAUUUAGUUCUGGUCAAUAGGCCACCUACAACUGCUCAAAGAACAACUUACAAUGCUGGCAGACCUCGAAGUGUGCCAAAGUCAUCACAUAGGACAAAGAAAGUAAAAUCAAAUAAGUCUGAAAGCCAUCUGGUCAAUCCAGUUUGGCGACCUUUUGGUAAAUCAUUAAGUCAGGUUCGACACGAGAUACAUUCUGGCAAGAAGACUUAUACGACCAAGUCUGGAAGUAAUCUAAGACAAGACCAAGAUUGUGGAAUUUCUGACAAGAUGCCAAGGUGGGCAAUUAUAAAAUAUUUAUGGAGUAAUAUUUUAAAUCCGACUAUGAGGACUGGACUAGAUUUCAAGUCCAUGCAAUUUGAUCAAGUCCAUGCAAUUUGAUCAAGUCCAUGCAAUUUGAUCAAGUCCAUGCAAUUUGAUCAAGUCCAUGCAAUUUGAUCAAGUCCAUGCAAUUUGAUCAAGUCCGAGGCAAAGCCGAGGAAAUUGAGUCCAGUCCGAAUUGGAGGAUUUUAAAUCAUUGAUGGCAUCUCAUACGACUAAAUCACUAAAACUGGGUCAUUGUACUUCACCAGGAGGCAGCUGCUCCAUUUACUGUUUGAAGUAUUCUGGAUGUUUGGAUCGAACCAAAAACGGUCACAUGAGCAGUCAUGUGACCGUCAGAACAGUCAUGUGACCAUUAUUGGUUUGAUUUAAUUGGUGUUCCGAAAAUCCAGAGUACUCCGAACAGUAAAUGGAGCAGCCUCCAGGUAUCCAUUACAGUAUCAUCAUGUGACCAAAUAAAGCAUUGUGAUUGGCUAAUUUACUCAUGAAUUGUUAAUGAGUUUGAGAUCUUCAGUUAUGUUGAAUAUUGACUUUUAUUAUAUACACAAGGUCUGGAUAUGAGGUAUUCUGCAAUCUGAUUGGUUCUCUACUAGCAGGAUAUUAGCUCAUAUCCUGCUAGUAGAGAAAAACAAAAUGGCGGCCAAACUGAAUUUACGAUGUUUUGCAAACGAGAAAACGACAAGUUGUCGCUUUUUAUAGCCUUCACAGGAUUAAAAACACAAUGAAAAAACUCCCACAAUUUGUUUUCAGGUUAGCAAAGAAAUUUUAAAAAUUUAAAAUGGUUAAAAAUAUAUAUUUUUGAAAAAAUAAUCAGCCGAAAGAGCGAAGAUAAAAACAUAAACAAAAUAGAAAAAUAUUGAAUAUAUCCGAAAAGCAAAGUCUGUGAAUUCAGACCUUGUGUAUAUAAUAAAACAGUUAUUCCACUCACCCUCGUCGAAUAUGAGCGAUAGCCGAUUUGGCGCUACGCACCUCAUCGGCUAUCAGCUCAUAUUCGACUCGAGUUCAUAGAAUAUUUACUGUUAAAUAGACAAGUGUGAAUUACCAGGCAUGCAUCAUGAUGAUGAUGAUGAUGAUUUUAUUGAUCCAUCUUUAGUUUAAAAAUACAAUGGAUUUACAACAAUGUCUAUUAUUAUACAUUUAAUAUGUAUUCUCGUUUCUAAUUGGUCAGAAAGCACCAGCUAAUAUUCAGUAUUCGGCAUUUAUUAUGUACAUAUUUUCCGCCGAUGACGUCAUCAGCGUCCAAUAAUUGGUUUUUUGGAUCGAACUUGCAUCCCCCCAAAAAAUUAUUGGACUCUCUCGUGCCCAAGCCCUUGCGCGGCCAAAGGCUUGAACCUACAAGCGCGCGAAAAAACCCAAAAACAAUGGGCUACAGCAGAUUUGCUUUGCUGAAUGAAAGUGAACUCUCCAAAUUAUUGGCAGAUAAGGAUAGUGAAAGCACGAAAACAGCCACAAAGGUGUAAAUAGAAGUAGAAUAUUUAGCUGACCUUUGACUUUGUGCAAGGUGUUUGAUAUUCAAAUUGUAUUUUUCCUACCUCAUGAGCAGGAAUCGUUUUAUACGUUUCUCAUGUCUUUAAAUGUAUAAUAAAACAAUUCUUAGAUUCGGCUUUCGCAUGAUAUCAAGAAUUAUUCACACCUCGAUCUAUGUUAUCCGCCUCAGCUUCGCUUCGGCAGAUAACAUUAACCUCGGUCUGAAUAAUUCUUGAUAUCAUGCUCAGCAUCAUACAAUAAUUGCUUAUUAAAAGAGAAGAGCAUAACUAUAGGCAUGCAAUAAUAUUUACAAACUAUCAGAAAUUUUUAUAUAUGCAAUUUGGAGUAAAAAUUUAAAAGUCUAGGAAAUUAGUAAAAAGUUAAUAAAAACCAAGUUAAGUUUUAAUGCAACCUCUGUCUCAUUGCUCGUGGGAUAAAACUAUUUCUUUGUCGUUCAGUGCCUGAAAAAGGUGCAUAUUUAAAUAUACCGUCUCUAUAUGCCUGUCAUGCAUAGUCUGGGGAAAAUAUGGGGAUUAUGGACAGGGCCGUAACUACAGGGGGGGUUGUAUAUAUUGUAAUAUAAUUGCAGUUUUGUCUGGUAAUUUUAACGACACGCUUGCUGGGCAAAAAUAUAUAUAAUUGAGCUGAGCAAAAAAUUUUAUAUAUUUAUUGAAAAGUGAUAGUUGUAUAGGGAAAAUUUUGAUAAAUUUACGAAAAUAGUACUGAAAAAUUGUACAAAUUACGGGGAUUUGCAACUUGGGUGUCCAAAUUUGAGAUUUCAUUUAUGACACCCAUAUUUUGCCAUAUGGAACCAUGGCACCACUUCAUGCACCAGUAAUUCAAUGUCAGUGAUUAUUUCCGAAUGCUGGAAGUAAUCGGUGACCGCACUUGAGAAUCGCUCAAAAAAACUAAUAAUAUAUUCAAUUAUUCAGACUAUGUGACUACUCACUACACUGACUACAGUAGUACAGUUUAAGUAAAUCUGCCAAUAUAUUAAUCUUAUGAUUGAUAUAUGUUGUCACUUUCAUGCUACAGUACUUGUAGUUUUGAUAAGCUAUAGCGUGAGUGAAGAACACAACCAAAAAACAACAAAAAGCAACUAAUUAUCUUAUAUAGUUAUAUUCUACGGUUUUUGGCAGCUAGGCCUAGGAAUCUUUGGUUUGACAGAUUUGGCAGCUUGCAAGUGAGCAAUGUUAUGUUCACCGUCCAAAAGCCAAAUUUGAAAAUGGCCGUCCAAAAGACGGCUGGAUGGUAGGCUGGCUAAGACCCUGUAGUCACCUCAUCUGCCAACGAUAUUAAUUAGUGACUAAAAUGUUCGUCGGACAUGACUUUGGCCACACCUUUUUGGUCAGGCAAAACAAGCUCACACCCCCCAGCUGUAAUACUGAAGUUACGGCCCUGAUUAUGGAUAAAUUAUGGUAAUAGAAGGUAAAUAGACACAUCUAUUUUUUAGACUUACCCACGUAAAACUGUAACGAGCUUUGUUUUUGAAAUUAAUAGAUUACCAAGCAGUGCUCAUUCACUGGAACCCUGGAUAACUGAACAAGAUCUUGAACCAUGGUAUGUUUUCUGCUACCUGGAUAGUAUGGGUGCACCAGAACUCAGUUCUUGGCCGGAACCCCGAAUGUUUGUAAUCCAAGUGAUACAUUUUAAGACCUAAUAUUAAUUCCACCAAGUGAAGUGCAAGAAACCACAUCAUUCAAAUCCCAUACUAAGUCCAUCCACCUAACACUAAAACACGUACAACAUAUUACUCAGCUUUGCGAGUCAAGAUUGUCUUCUAGCUGCCAAGAUUGAAGUUAAUAAUUGAUAUUGUGUGGCACCAUACGUUCUCUGAAAUCUACAUAUAUGCAGGAAUUAAGUUUUAUAUUUGAUUUACUCAGGAAAUUUUAUUUUUGGAUUUUACUGCCAGGAAGGAAAACAUAUUCUCUAGGCCUGGUUGGAGAGUAAAGUAAUAAAGUAGGGUCAGUCGAAAGCUCGUAAUAAUAAAUAUUUAAAAACCAGAGAAUGUCUAAAAACUUAUUUUGGAAUAAUUCUGGUUUUGCUUCAAACAUGUUCAAAGCAGACUUUUGGCCAGUAGGGCGUCCUGGCAUGCCCCUAGAACGAAAAAUGGACGCCUUUGCACGCCCAAAUUCUAGGGAAAAAGGAAAUUAAUAUUUUCAAUUAUUUCCCAAAGGAUAUUAUUAAUAUAUCUGAAACGAAAUAACUUCAAUUCUCAUUAUUAUUAUACAUUUGACAUUUUGAUCACUUUGAUGGUGUACCUGGCUGAAUGAAAAUGUCAUUGUUAAGUAAAGAAGCAUAGUGGCACAAACUCAGUACUCACAAAGCCAAGUGUGUUUGAAAAAUUUCGAACAAGCUUGGAACAAAUACUGACAUGAAGUAACGUAAACUUCAAAGGUUUUCCAGAGAAACGUUUUCUCUAACCCCCACCCCCCUUUGCUGUAGAUGUUUCGUUAUACCAAAAUUGGACGCCCUCUUUUAGGACUCUGGCUAAAAGCCUCAAUUCAAAGCAUAGAUUGCAAAUAUGCAUUAAUCCCAAUAAAAACAAAAUUAAGAUCACAAGUGUUGCAUUGUAUGUGUGUAAUCAUUACAUCCUGCUAUAACCACUAAAUAAAUACCAAUAUGUUUUAGGAUUGGUAUUCCUGCAGAUCCAAAUUGCUUUGUAAUAUUACCAAGUGGAUUUCACCCUGAUGCCAAUUGUCUGCCACCAUUACAGAGCCAUGAAGAUUCUUUGUUGGAGCGACCAGUUCAGGAGAUUAAGGUAUAUAUAUAUUCUAAACAAACUGAUUUUGGAGUGAAAGGUGUGAUUAUUAUAACUCUUUAGGGUGGCUCGAUAUAUUAAUUUGGUGACCAUUUAUGACCUCCCAAAACUGACAUACUGUAAAGUGAAAGAAGUAACAUCAACAUAGAUGAACAUCCUGAAUUGAAUAUUCAAAAAAAAAUUGUGCGUUUGAUAACUUUUAGAUCUUACUCUGAACAUACAGAACCUAUAUUCAGAGAAUUACGCAUUUUAGAUAUUUUCAAAAUAAAUGAUUAUCUAACUGCUUUGUUUAUGUAUCGAUACUAAAAUUACCAGAAGCAUUUGAAAAUUAUUUUGUAACAAACAAUGAAAUUCAUAACUACAAUACAAGAAAUGCAACAAAACUACCCAAGUGUUUUUUCUAACAAAGGGGUUAAUCUAUGGAAUACAUUAGAUACAAAAUUCAAAAGAUUAAACUCUUACAAUGUCUACAAAAGAUUAAUCAAACAACAUGUUAUAAUAAUCUAGAUCAUCUUCAACUUAUAUGCAAUGACCACAGAUAUACAGCAACCGUUAAUUCUAUAGUGAAUAUAGUUUAAACUUCAAUAAUUACUCUUCACUGUAAAUAUAUAUGCAAGUUUUUUUUUACAAAGCUAACUAGUGGCCUACAUUAAAAAGCCUGAAAAGGUUUCCAGUAGGUCUCUAGCCAAACACCUUCAAACUACACAUAGUUUUGUUACUUAUUAUUGUACAUAUAUACACAUGGGAAAUAAAUAUAUGAUUGAUAUCGAUCUGCUGCAUAGUACCUAAUAAUAUGACGUUUACAUUAGUGUCAAACUGUUAUACAGUAAAUAAAUACACCUGAUGUUUUGAAACCGGCAUUGAGCCACGUUAAGUAUGUGGCAUAUAAUGCACUCUGAUGUGCCCUAGUUUAUUUUUCACUUUGUCCCAUGCCAAAAAGAAAGUUGACCGAAAAAAUAUUUUCUUUUCAGAAAUAUGUUCCACCAAAGAUUCUUCAUAAUUAUAACUACAUGGUGAGUAAAAUGGUGGUAUUGUUAUAUAUGGUGUUGAAUGGUGUGACAUAUGGCAUGAUGGGAUGUGGUAGGAGUUAGAGUAGAACUUGACCGGAACUAAUACGAAAAGAAUGGCCAGAACCAGUACUCUGUCGUUUUCAGAGAGAGAAUAUCAAACGUUUUUGUGUUUAAUUAACAAAAGUUCACAGUAUAGGAAGAAAUUUGGACUAUGUACACUAUUAAUCAACACUUCAUUAUGAGGUUUAACAUUUGUCAGUCUUUUUAUUCUAACAUUUCGGAGCUUCCUCCUUGAUGAUUUGGAGUGUCUGCCUGUCUGGCAGCAGACAAAGUAACAUUAUAUGACUAUAUUUGGCUUAAAUGAUUAGUGUCAGGGUCAUAGCAUUGCAGGUUUUUGUUGAGGGUGGGAAAGGGUAUUUUCGUGAGCCGUGAAUGGUGAAUAUUUGUUCGUUUGAAAUGUGAAGUGCUUGAUUCUAGUGUCGUGAAAUGUGAUUUGUUCUACAGCCGUGAGGAGUGAAUGUUGAUAAAAAUGCUCCGUGAAAUGAGAAUUAAGUAUGCCUGUUUCGUGAACUGUGAUUAUUAUAGUGAUUAUUAUAAUAAACAUGAUACGCGAUAAUCAAAUUUAUAUGAUCUCACUCGAUUGCACAAGAGUAAAAACUUCGGAGGCCUUUCGCGAGGUUCCUGAUGCUGAGGACAAGGUUCCUGACGCUGAGGACAAGGUUCCUGGCGCUGAGGACAAGGUUCCUGGCGCUGAGGACAAGGUUCCUGCCGCUGAGGACCUUGUUCCUGGCGGUGAGGACAAGGUACCUGGCGGUGAGGACAAGGUUUCUGGCGGUGAGGACUAG